AUGUCUCGUUUAUCAAUCUUAGCUAUUGUCUUUCUCUUCUGCAUUGCAUCUUCUAAUGCAGCUGUUGAUAUACAAGCCAUUUGCCAGAAAGCCAAAAACCCUACAUUUUGUAAAAAUCUUCUCACUCUGAAAGCCGGAGGGGACCUCAGCAGCCUAGCGCAAUACACCCUCGACGUAACACCUAUACAACUUUUGAAAAGUCUUGAUUACAAUGGUGUGAGCGUACAUCUUAGUGCUGUUAUGACUGAUGUUGAUGAAUGUAUUAGCGAUGAAUCACCUCCAGAUAACUCUGAUCUUCCCAAGAGUGCUGAAACUGUCUACCAAGUUUCUCAGAUUAGUCUUAUCAUUUCGAAUUUGUUGGUACAGAAAUAG